AUGUUUAAUUUAAAGAAAAUAUUUUCUUUAAUUUUGUUAUCGAUUUUCAUUUCAUUUAUUUCUUGUUCACCAAUAAUAAAUCAAACUUUAUCAACUCCACCACUUCUAUUAUUAAUAUCUUUUGAUGGAUUUCGUUGGGAUUAUCCAGAUUUAUAUAAUUUAACUAAUUUCAAUUUAUUAAUGAAACGUGGUGUUCGUGUUAAACACAUUAAAAAUUCUUUUGCUACUGUUACAUUUCCUUCACAUUUUACAAUAGUUACUGGUUUAUAUGAAGAAACACAUGGAAUUGUUGCAAAUACAAUCUAUGAUCCACAAUUAAAUGCUACCGCAACACUCGAUACUAUUAAUGAUACAAAAUGGUGGUCACAAAAUCCAUAUUCUCAACCAAUUUGGGUUAGUAAUCAGUUAUCAAACGAUUCUAAUCAACGACGAUCAGGUGUUAUCGCAUGGCCAGGAGUUGACACACCUAUUAAUGGUCAUCGUCCAUCGAAAUAUUUACCAUAUAAUCCAGCAAGAAAAUUAGAUGAAUCGUUUCAACAAAUAUUCGAUUGGUUUCGUGAAUCUGAUAGAACUCGUAUUAAUCUUGGUGUUAUAUAUCAUAAUGAACCUGAUGAAACUGGUCAUGAAUAUGGUCCUAUAUCAAAUGAAAUGAAUAAAACCUUACAAGAUUGUGAUAAUUAUCUUGGUCAAUUAUUACAAAUCAUUGAUAAUGAUGAGUAUUUGAAAACAAAUCUAAAUGUAAUCAUAACAUCUGAUCAUGGAAUGGAAGAAAUAAAAAAAAAUCAUACAUUAAAACUUAAAGAUUAUAUUGAUACAUCAUUAUGUGAAGUAUAUGGUAGUCGUUCAUUUGUAAAUAUAUUUGUUCCUAAAAAAGAAAAUAUUGAACGAAUCUAUAAAAAUUUAUCUGUUAUUCCAAAUUAUGAAGUUUAUAAAAAAUCUGAUAUACCUAAUGAAUAUCAUUACAGAUCCAAUGUACGGAUUGGUGAUAUUUUAUUUGUUGGUAAAAAUGGGUAUGAUAUUUAUUUACCCGAUGAUAAUUCAUCUAUUGAAUUACAUGGUGAUCAUGGUUAUGAUAAUCGUGCUAAAUCAAUGCAUCCGAUAUUUUAUGGAUUUGGACCUGUUUUCAAAGAAAAUAUGCUAGCUAAACCAUUUCGUAGUGUGGAUAUUUAUCCAUUAAUGUCCUAUAUUCUUAAGAUCAAAGAAAGACAAACCAAUGGUUCAUUCGAUGAUGUAAAACAUAUUCUCAAGGAUUUUCCGGAAGAAACAUUUUCCGAUAAAAUGAAUUUAUUCAUAUCAAAAAUUAAAGAUUGGGGAUUUCUAACUGUUGGAUGUAUAAUUAUAGUUAUUUUAAUAAGUAUAGUGUAUACAGCAGUUGCUUGUCGUUAUUCUCAACGAUCGAUUUAUGUUCAACCACAUUAUGCUCCUGUUCGUUAUCGGUUAUUAAGUCAUACGGAAGGAUCAACAAAUAAUUUGGUUGCUAGUGACAGUGAAAAUGAAGAAGAACUACAAUGA